AUGUGGAGGCACGAGGAGAUCUCCGGUGAGGCCCUCAGGCCUUCAGCGUGGCGGCCAGCGGCGCAGCAGGAGGAGCACCACUUCUUCAUGGACGCGUCGACUGUCGAGGAGGGAUCGACGAUUUCGCUGGUUUUGGAGCACAACAGACAGACCAUGGGCUGGGUGCCCUCCGGCCUGGCGGCGCGCUCGCGCGCCGCCCGCCGUGGCGUCCAGGCAGCUCGUCAGCGCCGCGGGGGGC